AUGAAUAAUAAUGUCAUUGUUAUUUAUAUAACCCUUUAUAAUCAUUUUAUUUCUAUCUCUCUCUCUCUCUAUCUAUCUAUCUAUCUAUCACAGGUUCUUUCUUUCUAUCUAUCUAUCUAUCUAUCUAUCUAUCUAUCUAUCUAUCUAUCUAUCUAUCUAUCUAUCUCAUCAUGUUCAUAUCUAUCUACCUCAUCCUGCCCAUCUCUCCCUAUCCCUCUCUCCUUAUCUAUCUAUCUAUCUAUCUAUCUAUCUAUCUAUCUAUCUAUCUAUCUAUCUAUCUAUCUAUCUUUUGCUCCUCACACACACUCUCUCUCGCACCCCUACACCUUCUUUCUCUCACUUUUUAUCUUUCUCUCUCUCUCUUUCUCUUCUAAAUACAUUUCUCUCUCCCUUGACUAUACACAUUCCCACGUUUAUUCUCUCUUGUACGCAUCCACAUCUAUCUAUACCCGCGUGUCGAAGGAAAUAGCUUUCUUUCUCUUGCAGAAUUCUCUUUCCUACAACCUUUUUUUUCUCUCUAUCAGAACCCUAUUUAAACAGAGACUCUCUCACUCUUAUUAUACCUACUCUCCCUUUAUGUUACUCAUACUGCUACUUUUCCUUUCUCUGUGA